AUGGACAACGGUCAGUUCAACACUACGGAGGCUACCCUCCCUACUGCCGUUGAUGAGCGGCUCUGGCAGCGUCCGACGGGAUGUCGAAAGAGCCUCCAAGAGGCUCAACGUUCCCGGGGGGCGUGCCUUCUUGGUAACCUGUACUGCUUGAACAUAAGGCGACUUUCGUCUUCGUCUUCUUCGUCUUGUUUCAUCUCGAGGGGAGGAGGAGGAGGUCUGGUGAUUGGAGUGUGUUGUCUUGGCUUCCCAUCGCCAAGCCAAGUCUCGACUGUCAUCGGCACAUGUUACAGGGAUGAACUAAAGAGGACCCAUCAACAGCUAAGUACGCUAAACAAGUCUUGUGUUGUCGAUAGCUACCAAUGA